AUGGAAGAUGAGGAAUUCGAAAUUGACCUUAUACCUAUGGUUUUGGGGGAAUUUAAAAUGAUAGUGGGAAUGGAUUGGUUGGCACAACACCAUGUAGAAAUUAAUUGUGAAAAUAAGAUAAUGUUUGUCCAAGCUCCAAGUGGAAGGCAACUGAGUAUUCAAGGGGAGAGAAACAUGGAAACUAAAUUGUGUACCCUUGUCCAAGCCUUUAAAUACGUACUUAAUGGGAAUAGAGCAUACCUAGCUUAUGUGGUAGACGCUCGGCAAACCCUCCCGAAGCUGGAAGAUGUUGAGGUAGUGAAUGAAUUUCCGGACGUAUUUCCGGAGGAAUUGCUGGGACUCCCUCCUGAACGGGAAGUAGAGUUUCGCAUUGAUUUGAAUCCGGGUGCGAAGCCGGUUGCGAAGGCUCCCUAUAGAUUGGCUCCCACCGAGAUGCGGGAGCUAUUGACACAAUUACAAGAUUUGCUAGAUAAGGGCUUUAUACGCCCGAGGGUGAGUUGGUUCUCCAAGAUUGACUUGCGUUCGGGGUAUCAUCAAGUCAGAGUGCGAAGGGAAGACAUUGCAAAGACCGCAUUUAGAACCCGAUAUGGGCAUUACGAGUUCUUAGUUAUGUCCUUCGGGUUAACGAACGCUCCAGCAGCGUUUAUGGAUCUUAUGAACCGGCUUGAAGUGGAAGAUUUAAAGAAAGAAAGAUUAAAAGGUGUGGUCGAUAAGCUAGAAGAAAACUCGACUGGACUCAAGACGAGAUUCAGCCGAAUUUGGAUACCACGUUUCUGUGAAGUCAAGACUGCGUUACUUGAAGAAGCUCAUAAGUCACGAUAUUCGGUCCACCCCGGGGCUACAAAAAUGUAUAGGGACUUGAAGGCCAAUUAUUGGUGGCCGGGCAUGAAACGCGAUAUUGUCAAAUAUGUCGCAAAAUGCUUAACAUGCUCCCAAGUGAAAGCAGAACAUCAAAAGCCAUACGGAGAAUCACAACCUUUGGAGAUACCGGUAUGGAAGUGGGAGGAACUAACGAUGGAUUUAGUAACCAAGCUUCCUAGAACGAAAAAGGGGCAUGAUACAAUAUGGGUAAUCGUAGACCAACUUACGAAAAGCGCUUACUUUCUAUCCAUCAAAUAA